UUUACCAUUUCGCCGGCCGUUUGAGAUUUCAGUGUCAGCAGCAGAUCAAUUCUUUAGCAAAAGCUCUCCUCCUUCUCCUCUCCUCUCUCUGGCUAACAAUGGCGCCUCGCUUCCUCUUUCCGCAAACUCUGCGGUCUCUGGAAGAUGAGAACGCAGACGACGACGGCGACCGUCUCUGUGCUCGGAACCCUAUCGACGUUGCCUCUCUUUCGCGGUCCCAACUCGAAGAGCUCGUCAAAGGUGUUGCAUUUGAUCUGUCUGAUAAGGAGGUAUUCUGCAUUGAAGAGCAAGAUGUGUUUGACCGUAUGUACUCAUUGGUCCUUAGUUUCUCUAGCCUGGCUCCAUCUUAUAAGCUCAAUAUGGUGGAGACUCUGCGCUCGAACCUCACCGUGCUGCUCCCGAGUGUCGAUUUGCUUUCACGAGCUGGGGAUGACGAUCCUACUGUGUUUGACAGGAUUGCGUCACUACAAAAUGCUUUUAAAAUCUAUUCAUUUUUCCUAGUUUCUACAGUUCUACUGGAGGAGGCCAGUCUCAGCAGUUCUGAUAACAAUUCAAAGGCGCCUGCAACUGGCAGGAAUAGGCAGGCAGUGCAUUCAUGGAACUGGGAUCCACAAAGGGGUCGAAUACUCAAUUUGAUUGCUAAUUCAUUAGAAAUCAACCUCUCGUUGCUCUUUGGAUCAACAGAUCCAGAUGAAAAUUACCUUGCUUUCAUUGUCAAAAAUGCUCUAACCUUGUUUGAGAAUUCAACACUGCUGAAGGACUCUGAGACAAGAGAUCCAUUGUGUCGUAUUCUUGGUGCUUGUGCUACGAAAUACCGCUACACAGCACAUGCAUCUGCUUCCAUCAUGCACUUAAUUCACAAGCACGAUUUUGUUGUCACCUCCAUGGCUGAUACUGCUGCGUGGGCUGAAAAGAAGUACGCAGAUGGCACCCUUGCUUAUUCUCUUAUUAGAGAAAUUGGGAGGACCAAUCCAAAGAGUUAUGUUAAGGACACUGCUGGUGCUGAAAAUGUUGGACGUUUUCUAGUGGAACUUGCUGAACGGUUGCCGAAUUUGAUGUCAACCAAUAUUGGGCUUGUGGUUCCACAUUUUGAAUCUUGCUAUUGAUUCAAAUAUAGGGGAUCUUGCCGCUCUGGAAUUGAUCGUCAGCGCCUUGGUGUCCAAAGUUGAAAUAUCUAACAAUACGAUAUCAGCCUUAUGGGACUUCUUCUGUUUCAAUAUAAGUGGAACCACUGCAGUGCAAAGUCGAGGAGCUCUAUCAGUCCUUUGCAUGGCUGCAAUUUCUUGCAAUGGAAUUCUUGGACCUCAUUUGCAAGAUAUUAUUGAUAUUGGCUUUGGUCGCUGGGCCAAAAUUGACCCUCUGCUUGCCAGAACGACAUGCAUUGCCAUUCACAGACUUUCUGAAGAGGACAGGAAAAAGAUGUUGGCCAGUAGUGGUAACCGUGUAUUUGGUUUGUUGAGAAGUUUGGUUACUGGUUCCUGGCUUCCCGAUAGCACGUGGUAUGCUGCUGCUGAUAAAGCUAUCAGUGCUGUAUAUACUAUUCAUCCAGCUCCAGAAGCCUUUGCUGCAGAUCUGGUGAAGAAAUCACUGAUUACUGUUUUUCAUGCAAGUGGAGAAGAUGACUUGCAAAAUGACAUUGAGGAUGGUGCUACCACUGCUCUUUCAGAAUUCCAAGUAGCAAAACUUAGUAGGGUCUUGUUUAUUGUAAGUCAUGUUGCCAUGAAUCAGUUGCUGUAUAUAGAACCUUGUACUCGUAAAGUCCAGAAGCAGAAGACUUCCAAAGAGAAGGCAUUGGAUAGUCAGAAAGAUGACACCAAUGGAGCACAUAAGGAUGACGAUAUCAAUGCUGAGCUUGGUGUUUCUGCCUCUGAAGAUGCAAUAAUUGAUUCUCUAUCGGAAAGAGCAGAGAAAGAAAUUGUCUCUGAUGGUUCCAGUGAAAAAAAAUUGAUAGGCCUUUGUGCUCCUUUCUUAUCAAAGCUUUGUAGAAAUUUCUACCUGAUGCAAAAGUAUCCGGAGCUACAGGCAUCAGGAAUGCUCGCUCUUUCUCGAUUCAUGAUCAUUGAUGCUGGUUUUUGUGAGGCAAAUCUCCAGCUUCUUUUCACAGUGGUUGAAAAUGCACCAUCAGAAACAGUCCGUUCGAAUUGCACUAUUUGUCUUGGAGACUUGGCUGUCCGGUUUCCUAAUCUGUUAGAACCAUGGACUGAGAAUAUGUAUUUACGUUUACGAGAUCCUUCGGUUUCGGUCAGGAAAAAUGCGGUUCUGGUCCUCUCUCAUCUCAUAUUAAAUGACAUGAUGAAGGUAAAAGGUUAUAUAAACGAGAUGGCAAUAUGCUUAGAAGAUGAAGAGGAAAGGAUUUCAAGUUUGGCUAAACUUUUUUUCCAUGAAUUAUCCAAGAAAGGAGCCAACCCGAUAUACAAUUUACUCCCGGACAUACUGGGAAUGCUAUGUAAUCAGAAUCUGAAAAAGGAGUCCUUCUGCAACAUAAUGCAGUUUCUAAUUGGAUCUAUAAAGAAGGACAAACAAAUGGAGGCUCUUGUUGAAAAGCUCUGCAACAGGUUCUGUGGAGUUACUGAUGUUAAGCAGUGGGAGUACAUUGCUUACUGUCUUGCGCAGCUCACAUUCACUGAGAAGGGGAUGAAAAAGCUCAUUGAGUCAUUUAAGACGUACGAGCAUGUGCUAUCUGAGGAUUCUGUAAUCGAGCACUUCAAAACCAUAAUCACUAAGGCUAAGAAGUUUGCGAAACCAGAAAUCAAAGCUUGCAUUGAGGAGUUCGAGGAAAAGCUCAAUACGUUCCAUAUUGAGAAGAAGGAGCAAGAUGCCACUGCAAGAAAUGCCCAGGUACAUCUGGAGAAAGUUGAUGAAAGGGCUGGUCUGGUUGCAUCAAUUAACAAAACCGAUGAGGAGUCGGAUAUUUCAGAAGAGGAUGAUACAACCGAGCCAUCAGUCAGAGCAACUUCUCCCUCUGAAGACAACUCAGCAGAUACUAAAUCCAAUGGAACAGUUGGAGAUUCAGGCCCUUCAAGUGAGCUCUCACGAGUGGAGCCUGUAUCAGAUGGCGAUGAAGUCCAAUCUGUAAAAAGGCCGACGAAAUCCAGUAGACCCAAAAAGAGCAAUAUGAAAGAUCAAGCAAGCAACGCCAAUACAUCCAGGAGGAUAAGUACCAGGUCAAGGCAAAGGUAGAGUUUUUGACACAACUUUCUCUUUCAUGUAUGCAUUCUCUGCAUGCAUCUACAUGGUCAUCUACACCAGAUUUCGUCGUACAUCUGGCCUUUGGAUAUUGUAUAGUCUCUCAUAUGCUUAUGACUACGACAGUACGACCACGACAAUGUCUGCAUCAAACCUUGUAUUGUGUAGCUUGUCAAUUCCUUCUGUUGUUUAAAUUAGUUCUAGGAAUGUUACUCGCCACAUCUUGUGUCACGGCUUAAACUACAAAUUAAUGAUUUGCAAGA